AUGGAAAGGAAGAUGCAUUGUGCGCCUCAACCAAAAGGUAAUGAUAGUCCAAAAGUUUCAGAAGCGGGAAAGAAUUCCAAAUCAACAACGUAUCAGCAACAAGACAAAGUUACAUCUCUAGAAGUCACAAAACAUUCUCAAGGAUCUUCUGUUUCAAAGAUCAACUCUGAUAGUAGGUGUGCAAUCCUUACAUUCCUUAGUGUUGAGCCUGAUGGAACCUAG